AUGAUAUUUUCAGAAAGGGCCAGCCCGGCGAACAACGGGCAACGAAGACCGUCUCGAUCACCGCGCAGCCAACGUAGCCGCAGUGCGGAUGUAGAUUGCUUGAAAAAAUACACCGAACGUCGUGUGGAGGAUCGCCGACACACGGAGAUUACCGACACUAGUAAAUUGGACACGUCGAGAUGGAUGCCGUUGCCGAGAUACGUACCGCGAGGACAGCAAUCGCCGGGCGCCAUCAAAAGAUCGUCAAGGGACGAGCGGCAGGAGAGCAUCGACGAAAUGGCGGUGAUGACUACGUCAGCCGAGAAUCGAUCCUCCAGGAUCGAUCCCGAGAUUGUUGGUCGAUCUCAACCCGCCACUCUUAGAAGUUAUAGCACUGACGUUACUGCCACGAGGGGAAUGGAAAAAAGCAUUGUCGAGCAGCGAAGACACACAGACUGCAGCGAUCCACGAGUCAUCGCCACGAGGUGGAUACCACAAGUUAAUGGUGCAAAGUUUCGUCGAGAAUCGUCUCCUCUUGCAAGAGAUGGCUGUGAGAUUACACAGAGCGCCGCUACCCGGUGGAUAACCUUUGCCAAAAGUCCAUCGCCUAGUCCCAUACCAAGAAUAAAUUCCGAGAGAAAAGGUUCUAUGGAGCACAACAAAAAGGAGGAAGAGCCGCGAAAGGAUUCGAAUGCCUCUAAUUGUAAGUGGCAACCCUCUAGAAAAUUUUCACCAGCGAAGAACGAGAAAGCACAUUUACAAAGACAAGACGAAUUGGAUAUUGGCAGAAAUCGUUCUUCGAGUUUUAUCGAUACUAAUGAAGGAGCGAACAAACUUAGCCAACGUAUGCGAGAUUUGUAUGAUUUCAAAACGGAGAACGAGUGGCCGAAAAGAGCAGGAAGCUCCCAACAAGAGAACACUUGGAUCAGUAUAAGUAGCAGCGAAGAUGAGAGAGGAAAUUAUCGGCCAAUUCGCAGAAAUAGUCAAGAUUUGGAAUUUAACGAUAGAAUCGAUAUAUUCAAGACUAAGGUUCAGCACGAGGAGGACAGACGAAGGCCAAAGCGCAAUAUCCAUAACACUAGCGAAGUGUUUAUGAAUGAACAGGAGGAUGAGCGUCUACGAAGGUUCAACGAUAGGCUGCGAUACAGUGAGGAUCAUGGUACAGAGCGAGCUCGGGGUCGCGAGCGGCGCACAUAUUCGGACGAUUACGACGAGAAAGCUCGGCGUGCAUCCCGGCAACCAGAAUCACCGACGAUCAGACGGGAUCGACCAGAAUCGCCGACAAUUAGACGGAAUCGACCAGAAGCACCGAUCAAGAGACCAUUAGCGAACAUGGAGAACAAACGGAAUUCAGACGUGAGUGCGAGAUCACGCGACUCGCGAGUCAGCUACGUGGAGGUGGACUUCCCAAAGAGGGAUUCGCGUACCAGCGAUGCCAGUUACGCCAGCGUGAACCUAGGUAAGCGAGGCAGUGUCGAGUGCAAGAGCACACGGAAGAUUUAUGAAAUGCCGCCGAGAAGAGCCUUCAGCCAAACCGACGAGCGACGACCAUCUACUCCAGUACCGCCGAUCGAGUUUAAUGACGAGCGAUACGUUCCAAAGAAAUUGUCAUCGGAAUCUCCGAAGAGAGACAGCACUAGAUACAAAGUAUAUCUGACGUAGGAAAUACCUGCGAGAGCGGGCGUUUUACGAGACGAACGCCGCUUUCGCAGAAUUUUAGAUUAAAAUUUAUCGACGAUCAAGUAUGGAAGUAUAAGUACAUAACUCUUGAUGUAGAUGGAAAAACAGCUGUGCGACGAGAAGGAUUUCCCAACAAGAUUUGUAAGUGUACAAAAAAUUCCUUACGCGGCGAUAUUCCAAGGUCAAUAUCUCUAUGUUGGACAUGUCCGUCUUUUUUUAACGUAUGAAGGCGAGAAAAGAUUGAAAAGUUAGAAUACUUACGAAGGUGAAUAUAAAUAUAAGCAAUUUUAUCUCGAAGGAUAUAAUGGAAUCCGUUGUCUGUGGAUAACUGUUAAACGUUAAACUGUCGUUUACUGUGUUCAUCGUAUAAUAAUACGAUAUAUAAACGGAUAUAUGUACGAAACCCGAUAUAUUCUGUUAUAGAACUCUACAAUAAUAUAAUACUUACGAUCGGAGACGCGGAAGCCUGAUAAAAAUGUAUUUGUAACAAAUUUACAACGGUUUACUACGUAACCAAAAGUUUCCUAUUCGUGUUUUUCAUGUCAUUGUUCAAAGCAUAACUGCGAUAUAAUAAUUAACACAAACGGUGUAAUGCAAAAUACAUAAUAAAAUAUUCUUUGAGGAUGUC